AGCAUGUCUUGGCUGUCUGAAUAUUGAUACCAUAAAUAUGAUAUAACCCUAUAUAAUACAGUGUGUUGUGCAUGACUAUCAAAUAUUACAGAAAAUAUCAGCCAGUAGAUACAAUUCAGGACUGUCUACUCGAAUAUGCCAUUGAAAGGAAGACACUUCAUUUUCCUCCAGCUCAUCAAGAUAGGCCUACAGUAGUUUGUAAAAUGAUUGGAAUUGACAGUGGCCAGCAUUAAACUGCAUCAAUAACACCAUCCACCUUACUGUGUUUUUAUGAGGAGGCUCGGGAGGCAAAAUUAAGCUGCUGUCUGGAAGAACAUGGCCCGGGACACAGCAUGACUAAGAAGAUUAGAUAAGAUUUACUCAUGAGCGACACUGCUCUCACAGCACUGGACACAGCAACAGGCAGGAUAGGAGAAUGUGAGGUGAUACUACAACAGCAUGGUGAUGCAUGUCCUGUGGAGUGUGUUUGCAUGGACAUUCAAGGGUCUGCUAUGUACCUGCAGGUUCUUCUGGGUGAGCCCAUACUACUCAAUCAAAUACAUGCCCAAUGAACCUCACAGAACAGGAAAGGAUCACAACCAUCACAUGAAACAAAAAACAGCCUCUGCGGAAAUACCAGGAAGUCAUUGUAGCAGUGCCAUGCAGAGGAGACUGUCCAAAGCUGAGAGGGAGAUCCAGGCCCUCAAGACCCAGAUUACCUUUGAGAGGGCUACAUGGGAGAGGAAGUUUGUGGAAACGCAGAGGAAACAACAGGACCUCCGUUAUCAGCUGAUCUCUGAGACUGUAGCCAGGUCUGGAAGUCUACUUCAGGUGGGCAGCUUCGAGGACCUUGGCGAUUCAGAGGUGAAGAACAGACAUCCUUACGAUGGAAAGGACCAGGACAGCUCAAGCAGCUUGAGCCAUUACAACCAAAGCAGAGGGUCUGAGGCGAUGUCAUCAACAGGCGACACAUGCCAAAGCAGCUUGUCUGGCAGCCAGGUCUCAUUGAACUCAGCAUUUGGCUCCAGACCAAUUUCUGCUCUGUCUACAGCCACCAGUGGGAGCUCCUGGAGGAGCUACAUCGGUCCACACCGGGUCUUUGUGCCUCACUCCCCCCUAGACCUGCAGACGGGACACCGGGUUCGAGUCCUGCUGCCCUCGGGACGGAUCAGCACAGGCACGAUUCGUUACCUGGGCCACCUGGACGGGGAGCCAGACUUCCAUAUGGGAGUGGAGCUGGAAUCACUUGAACACGGGCAGCAAGAUGGCACACACAGGGGACAGUGCUACUUUGAGUGCGAGGCUGGCCACGGUGCCUUUGUGCCAUUCACCAAGCUGUUGAUGGCCUGGGAGUGAUGACAUCACAGUCUCUAUGGUGGAGGGUCACAUCUGGAUGAAUCAUUUGAAAUCUUUGGCAUCAAUCACGAAUGGUCUCUGAAAGAAAGUUUUAGGACACCUACUCAUUCAAGUGUUUUUAUUUAUUUUUACUAUUUUCUACAUUGUAGAAUGAUAGUGAAGACAACAUGCUUCAAAGAUGAUAGAAUUGUCAAUAUUGGCUCUGUAUUAAAGACCAACAUUGGCUAAAGAAAAAGAGAACAAAAUGAUAAGAAAUACUAUAUACAGUAGUAUAUACUGUACAUGUAUACAAUGGUAUAUGUGGGAUGAGCACUAACACCGUUUUCUUUGUGUUGAG